AGGACUCGGGCCGCAGGCUCGGCGGCGGCGGGAGCAGAGGAGAGGCCUGGACCGGGCCCGAGCUGCAGGCCGCGGACAGGCUCUUCUGGCUCACAGGUGCACCAGGCUUAGUGUCCAGCGCUGGAGGCUGAGAGGGCGGUGUGACCAGAGAAGGACGUGCAGGGGCAGGAAGUAGAGGCAGGGUCACAGGGAGCACCUGUACUCUCUGCUUCAGGCGUGUGAAGGGUGGCUGGGACCGCAAGACGACCUGCAGGCCCCGGGGGGGGCCUGUGGGCCUGAACCCAGGCUCGCUCCCUGUCCUGCUUUCUGGUGAGCUGCAGAUCCUUGGAGGGCCAGGACAUGCCCCGGAUGCGUUGCGGAUGAAUCACCCAGGCUGGCAAUGUCCCUCGGAGCCCUGGCCGUGGUCACCCGCCCAUCCAGAGAAGGAAGGGUGGGUGGCCGCUGUGCCCAAGAAGCUGGGGCCUCCUGUUUCCUGGGAACCCCAUCUCUGAGCCCCGCCCAUAGCCCCACCCUCCCCAGGAGGGAAAAGGCAGCAGCCAGCCGCUCAGCUCACAGGUGCUGGGACCUGACCCAGAGCACAGGAGGACAGACUGCUGCCGUCACCCCUUCAGGCCGGCCAUGGACCCCCAGGAGAUGGUCGUCAAGAAUCCCUUUGCCCACAUCAGCAUCCCGAGGGCACACCUGCGGCCUGAGCUGGGGCAGCAGCUGGAGGUGGCUCCAUUCUGUCCGGAGUCCCAGGCUCUGCCUGGGGGGUCCUGCACCCUGGAGCCCACCGAGGAGAACACAGGGCCCAAGGGUGCCAAGGGUGCUGCUCCCUUCCAGGGCCAGCAGGCCUGGCAGCAGCCCAGCAACCCCUAUGGCAGUGGGCCGCGCCCGUCAGGACUGACCUAUGCGGGGCUGCCACCGAUUGGGCGUGGGGAUGACAUUGCCCACCACUGCUGCUGCUGCCCCUGCUGCUCCUGCUGCCACUGCCCCCGCUUCUGCCGUUGCCACAGCUGCUGCUGUGUCAUCUCCUAGCCCGGCCCCCACUGGGCCACGGAGCCUGCCUCGGGACCCCCGGCAUGGCAGCCGCAGCAGGGCCUGGACAGUCGGGACAGCCACUGGGCUGUUGUAAUGGGCUCUGGCCGCUCCCCACUCUGGACAGAGACAGCUGCCCGCCACGAAGGCUGCCCUCUCAGCUCAGGCCCCCGAAACAGAGCCCCUGCCGUGACGGCAGCCGCGGGGUCGCGGCUCUUCAAGGCCCCGGGCCCAGGCAAUAAAGCAGAGUGAGCUCUGUU